GCAAAGGAAGAGGGUUCAGUAUUGUGACCGAUACGCCCGAGUUACAAAGACUGAAAAGGACUCAGGAACAAAUCAGUAAUGUAUGUGACUGCAACCUAAAGUGAUUGUAGAUGGAGAAAUAGUGUGUCUAAGAAAAGGUGUGUUUGUUGGUGUUUUCAAUGAAGUCUGUGUGAGUGAACAAUCUGAUUUUGGUGAUUGAUUUGUGUAUGUCAGAUUUUGAAAUGUGUGCAACUGUAUACCACGGACUUGUACAGCACAUUGGCAAUGUGUGUUCACCUCUCCAACUUUCAGCUAGUAUGCUCAGAGUAUUUUCUUUAUUAAAAUUAUUUGACACUUUUUGCUCUUUUAAUAGAUCUGUUAUCAAGUAAGAAUACUUUUGGAACUUUAAAUUUACUUUUUAUUUAUAUAAAGUAUAUAGAUUAUGUAAAUUAAAAAGUUUUGUCUCUUUUUUAGCAGGAGCUGUCAAAAUUAGCAUAACAAACAAGAUGGCAUUUUCUAGAAGCAGAUAAAAUUUUGAUGCUGGGUUUUAAAAGAAAAGACAUGCAAGACAAUGCUCUGCAGAAUGGCAAAGAAAUGGCAAAUAGCAAAACCUAACAUAUUUAAUUAGCUUACAGGAAUGGGAUUUUUAAAAAUGGGACUUUUCCUUAUGUUUUUGCUAAGAAAGUUAUUUAUUUGUACUGCAUUCUCUUGUAGCAUGUUUAACUCACUGCAUGAUGGAAUAUUGAGUGAUACGCAGUGCAAGUUCUGAUAUGUAUAAGAUAGGUAAGAACUAGUGUGAACUAGAAAAAAUGCAGAAUCAAUACUAUUCACUUGUCUUGGCUUCCCUUCUGAUUAUUCUUCUGCUGCAAGAACUCGUCCCUAUGGAUUAUUUUGUGAAAAUGUUUUUGAAUCAUUCUCUGUAGUAAUAAAAUAACAGCAAGGCAUCAGAGACACCCAGUGUAAGUAUGAUCAGAAGAAAAUAAUGGGAUUUAUUUACUUGAAAGAAAAAACUUAUUUUUCAGGCUGGGAUAUUAUUGAAGAAAAAGUCACUGAAAAAUACUUGUUUUUCACAGCAAUGGAGGUUUACUAUUCUUUUCAAAGCAUUCACUAGUUAAGAUUUUGAUGUCCAGAGCCAGUCUUUGAGAUGAAAAAUGUGGGCUCAUUUCCUGGAGCCUUGGCCAAUGGAGACGACAGUUAAUUUAAGAGCCAUGCAACUGCUCCUGUAUGUAGACAAGAUGAGAACAAAAGCUCAUCUCUUAUGUUCAUACUGGGGCUAACUGAAAUUACUGGCUUGUAAGAGAGAAAAAUGUAUUCUUCAGAGCGGCGAGAAGCAUGGCCAUUAAGACUUCCAUUUGGGAUCUGGGAAACUUCAGCGACUCCCUGGUUUUAAUCAGCUGCAUUUUUUUAUUCAGACCAGGAACUUUAAAUUAGAUCCUCUCACGACCUACAUAGCUUCCUCAAGCAAGAGUGAUUCCUUUGUGUGGGGUGGCUCUGGAACGCAUCAAGGAGAUGAAACGAGCAAUGCUCUGGUGAAUACUUAAUCCCUCGCACGGGUCUGCUCUCGAAGGAGAGAGUGAGAGGAGUGCCCUGCAGCAGGCCUGCAGUGCUCACUUUGGGAUAUUGGCCUGCCAAGAAAGUCAUUCAGACCUCCCAAGCCCAGUACCCUCAACAUCAGAUGACAGAAUAGUAUGAUGCAGCUCACUUGCGUGCUCUUAUCUCUCUUGUUCAAAGCACACUGGGUUUUCUGUUGUGGGAAAAGGAGAUAAUGAAAACAAACAAGUAGUUUUGUGACAUGGGAAAGAGCUUUCUUCCCAUCUCUACUUUUGAGUGGAUCAAGGGAGUUUCUGUCCUCGUGGAAGAUCUAGUUCCAUGAUUUAUGAUACUAUCUGGUUCCUGAGUCAAAGAUACUUGCCUGCCUUUUCAGAUCCAGAAAUAGCUUUUUAAAAUGGGAAAAGUGGUUUUGUUUCAGGUUUCCCCCUUGUUCAUUGCAUAUAUGACUACUUUCUCUUCAUUUCUAACCAUCCAGUUCUUAACAAUAUAGGUUUGAUCUAUCCAGUCUUGACAAUAGAGAGUUGUUUUCUUUAUGUAUGUAGUUGACAGAGAUUCCCAGUCAGGGACCUUAUUAGAAAUAAUUAGACUUGAAGGGUGAAAUGGAAUUAAAAAAAAUGCAUGAUAAAAGAAGUUGCAUUUCAUUUCUGUUUACACUGAAAUAAUUAAUUUAUUGCAUUAUAUCCUAGAAAUAUAAUUCUGCAUAGGCCACAACUCCAAUUUAAUUAGAAAGCUGCUGUAUUAUAGAAAUGCCUUCCACACAGAGUAGUUUCUGUAUUUGCCAGAUAAGCAGUAUACAUCAUGGACUAAGGAUCUAAUAUAGGUUUCAAGACACUGAAAGGUAAGCACUUUACUAAUUCUGAAAUAAUUUUAAUUUUCCUAUACAGAAAAAUGGAAGAAUACUAAUAUAUCUAUUUAAUUUUCAGUUUAGUUUUGAUUUCACCUUGAAGUACUAGAAACUUCUCAAAGAGCCUAUUUGAACCAAAAUUGUAACUACUUCAUUGAAGGGAGUUGUCCAAGAAAUAAGGAGGUAUUGGAAUCCUCCUGUAUGGAGGAUAUGGAUAUGGGGUCCUUAUUUAAAUGAAGAACUAAAGCACAGACAUUAUUCAUGCUAAUACAGAUGAAGCAUCCUGAAAGUCCAAAAGCAAUCACCAUAUAUCACAGAAGUAAACACUGACACUGCAUCCAUGAACAUAAGAAUAUCUUCCAGUUUCAUUGCAGCUGGAGUUGGUGACUUCAUCCUCAAAAAGGAUCUUAGGGAGGAUGAAAAUGAGGAUUGGGAAGAAGAAGAAGAAAAGCUCUUCCUCAAGCCUGUUAUUGAGGACAAAAAUAUGGAACUGGCCCGAAAAUGCAGUGAAUUAAUAAGUGAUAUACACUAUAAAGAAGAGUUUAAAAAAUCUAAAGGCAAGUGCAUAUUUGUACCUGACACCCCGCAGCUAAAGCAUGUGAGAAGCCUUGGUGCUUUUAUUUCUGAGGUGAAAUAUAAAGGAGCUGCUAAGAAAGACCUUUCCAACUCCCUUUAUCAGCAGAUGCCAGCCACAAUUGACAGUGUAUUUGCGAAAGAACUAAUGCACCUUCAGAGCAAGGUUCUCUAUAAACAAAAACAUGAUGCUGAGAAAGGAUUUUCAGACUAUGCACGUAUGAGGGAACCUCCAGAUGUUAAACAUGCCAUGGAAGUCAGUAAACACCAGAGUGAUGUAUCCUAUAAGAAGGAUGUGCAAGAUACUCAUAGGUACACUGAAGUGCUGAACAGACCAGACAUAAAGAAGGCAACUGAGAUAACGAAGAUAAUAAGUGAUGCUAAGUACAAGAAAGGAAGGGAAGAGCUGAAUAAGGAGUCUGCUGUACUUGGAAGACCUGAUUUUGAACAUGCUAAAGGAGUUUCAAAACUUUUAAGCCAAGUAAAAUACAAAGAGAAGUUCAGUAAGGAAAUGAAGAGUCACCAAUACAAUCCUCUUGACAGUGCUUCCUUCAAGCAAGCACAGAUUGCAUCCACCUUGGCAAGUGAUGUGAACUACAAGAAAGAUUUGGAAAGCCUGCAUGAUCCAGCAUCUGAUCUACCAAACCUGCUGCAUUUAAACCAUGCUUUAAAUAUCAGCAAAAUUUUGUUUCACUGUGAAUAUAAGAACUCAUUUAAGCAAAGCAAGUGUUUGUGUCACUUCAGCCCAGAUGCUGCAGAAAAAAUCCAUCUCAAAGAAAAUGCAGUGCUUCAAAGUCAGGUCAAGUACAAAGAAAAUUAUGAAAAAUCUAAAGGCAGAUCAAUGCUGGAGUUUGUGGAUACACCAAUGUAUCAAGUUUCAAAGGAGGCUCAAAAGAUGCAAAGUGAGAAAAUGUACCGAAGAGAUUUUGAAGAAGGGAUCAAGGGAAGACCUUCACUGGAUUUAGACAAGACCCCAGAGUUCUUGCAUAUAAAAGAAAUCACUAAUCUUCUGAAAGAGAAAGAGUAUCGAAAAGAUUUGGAGGAAGGGAUGAAAGGAAAAGGAAUGACAGUGUUUGAAGAUACACCAGAUUUGAUUAGAGUGAAAAAUGCAGCUCAGAUACUAAAUGAGAGGCAAUACAAGAAAGACUUGGAAACUGAAAUUAAAGGGAAAGGCAUGGAAGUUGGUCCAGAUACACCUGAGAUAAGACGGGCCAAGAAAGCUUCUGAAAUUGCAAGCAUGAAAGAAUACAAGAAAGACUUAGAGAAUGAAAUUAAAGGAAAAGGAAUGGAAGUGAGUAUGGAUACCCUUGAUAUGCAACGAGCCAAAAAAGCUUCUGAAAUUGUCAGCCAGAAAGAAUAUAAAAAGGAUUUGGGGACUGAAAUGAUAGGAAAAGGGAUGCAAAUUGGUCCAUAUAUUCCAAAAAUACAGUGGGCCGAAAGGGCUUCAGAAAUAGCAAGCCAGAAAAUGUACAAAGAUGAAGCAGAGAAGAUGCUCUGUAACUAUUCUGCUGUCCCAGACACUCCUGAGAUGGAGAGGAUAAGAAGCACUCAGAAAAACAUCAGUUCGGUGUUUUAUAAGAAGGAAGUAGGAGCUGGCACAGCUGUAAAAGAUACUCCAGAGAUUGAAAGGGUAAAGAAAAACCAACAGAAUAUUAGUUCGAUUAAAUACAAGGAAGAAAUUCGGCGUGCAACAGCUAUUUCUGAUCCACCUGAACUAAGGAGAGUUAAGGAAAACCAGAAGAAUAUUAGCAAUGUUCAGUACAAAGAACAGCUCUGCAAAGCUACACCUAUGAGUGUCACCCCUGAGAUGGAAAGAGUCAAGAGGAAUCAAGAGAAUGUCAGCAUGGUUCACUACAGAGAGCAGCCUGGCAAAGCUACUGCUGUGAGUGUCACUCCUGAGAUAGAGAGAGUCAGGAAGAAUCAAGAUAAUAUCAGCUCGGUCAAGUACAGCAGUGAUCAGAGGCAGAUGAAAGGUAGACGUAGUGUGCUUCUAGACACACCUGAGCUAAGGCAUGUCAAAGAAACACAAAACAACAUCUCAAUGGUAAAAUAUCACGAAGAUUUUGAGAAGACAAAGGGCAGAGGCUUCACCCCAGUGGUAGAUGAUCCUAUAACAGAGCGUGUACGGAAAAACACCCAAAUUGUGAGUGAUGCAGCCUAUAAAGGUGUGCAUCCACAUAUCGUUGAAAUGGACAGAAGACCUGGAAUAAUUGUUGAUCUUAAAGUUUGGCGCACAGAUCCUGGCUCCAUCUUCGACAUUGAUCCUCUGGAGGACAAUAUUCAGUCUAGGAGUCUGCAUAUGCUUUCUGAAAGAGCAAGCCGUUACAGUAAGCAGUAUUUACAUUCUACCAGUCUGGGCGAUUAUAAAUCAGAUGGCUCUGACACGAACCCUACCUUUUCUUACUGCAGUGAGAUAACAAGGCCAUCUGAUGAAGGAGCCCCUGUUCUUCCUGGGGCAUAUCAACAAAGCCAGACUCAAGGAUAUGGAUACAUGCAUCAGACCAGUAUGUCAUCCAUGAGGUCCAUGCAUUCACAGCCUCAUUCAGCAAGUCUGAGAACAUACAGAGCUAUGUAUGACUACAGCGCUCAAGAUGAAGAUGAAGUUUCCUUCAGGGAUGGUGAUUAUAUCAUCAAUGUGCAACCAAUUGAUGAUGGCUGGAUGUAUGGUACUGUUCAGAGAACUGGGAAAACAGGAAUGCUUCCAGCAAAUUAUAUUGAGUUUGUUAACUAAUUUUUGUCUCUAGUCCUUUGAGCUUUAUUAUGAUUUACUUAAAAUCUAACCUUUUAGAAAAAAAUCAGAAGAAUCUUUUAAGAGUUCAUGAUCAUUACUUUAUCACUGCUAUAACAGUUUGCAUUCUCACUCAGAAUCCAUUUUAGAGUCCUUUAACGAAAAAAUAAAUAAUCCACAAGAAGCUCAGAGAUUUGAAAACAGCAUUGCUUAUAAUAGUGCUCUCUCAAAAUGAAAAACAUAUAUGGAAGCUUGAUGCUGCCAGUCCUAUAAAGACUUUGGUCAAUUAACUGUAAAGGGGUAAUGCCUUUUCCUUACACCUCAAAGAUGUUAUAACUAUAAAAUUGAUUCACUUUUUAUGGCACUCUGAAGUCACAGGAGGUUAACACACUGAGUUUGAACACAUCUUCAAAUUAUUAGGGGAACAUUUAAUGUAUAAGCAGUUAGCUUCCUAAUAAAAAUUAAUAUGUUGAGUAGACAAUUCAGUCAUUUGAAAUAAAGACAAGUAACAUGCCAGUGAAAAAAAACCAAGACCAAUAAAACCCCCUACUGCCCAGCAGCCUUACAGUAAAUAUGUCUAUUUUGACAGCAAAAAUUUCCUGACUCUUGCAUAUCCACAUUUAUUCUUGGAUUAUCCAUUUUUUCUUAUUUCCAAGUGAUCUAUUAGCUUUGCUUCCAUCCUAAUCCCUCAAUUAGAUCCAGGUCUGGAUUCAUGGUUCUUCAGAAUCUUUUCCGCAGAAGAUUCUUUGCAAAGACUAUCUAAAAUAUAAAACCUGCCAACUCUUCUGUUUCCUUGUAAUAGUACUUAGCAUUUAAAUAGAAACUUUCAUUAGGGCAACGUACAACCAAUUCUUCAUGUUAGCUCCUUUGCCUUCACCUGUAGAGCUGUAAAUAAAUGCCCAGGUGCGGCCCCGGUGCUGUGCAGUCACACCCCGUUCUCACACAGGUAACUCGCUUGAUGGCUGCUUUGCUGAUGAGCUGAUGUCCCUCCCCUGCUGCAGAAACUCUUGUGCCUCCAUCGAGCAGUGCAGGAGAGCUCUGGUUCUUGUAGUGCAUUUCAGAUCAGUGGCCUGUUGCUUCAGUUUGCUCCCAAAUUCUUGGUGAUCCAACAGCGGGUUGUACGCUUGCCAAAUGAUUAAUGAUGGAGAAGAAUUAUGUUUUCAUUUAGUGACUUAAUCUUUCUCAUAACUGACAUGGAAGGGAAAGCUAACUAAGCAAAAUCCAACAUACACUAUGCCAUUAUGUUUCAGUUUAGCCAUCUGUUGAAAACAGUAAAAAUAUUCUGCUGACAAACCUUCACAUUGCUACUUGGUGUCUGUUAACUUAUGGCCAGAACUGAGAGAUCCAGGUUUCAGUCUGAGGCUGGGACAGGAUCUAACAGCUGGUGACACACUGGAUCUGCAAGAGGGAUUUUGUCAGCAGGCUUGGGUCACAGGCAACUUGUAUUUGCUUUGACUGGGUGCUGCAUUCCCUCACAGGGUUAAGUUGUGGAAGACAAAAGAGUUAAAGAUUCAUGUGAGAAAUUAUUCAUGUGGAUUCAGAGGUGUGUAAGGAAGAAAAUGUUUUUCCGAUAAAAUAAUUUGUAGAGUUCAGCCAUGUGCUGAGGAAGUUAACUUUGGAGUAGCCCUCAGAAUAUUGAGUCUGCACUGGCUUGCUUUCAUUUAUAAAAUUUUUAUAGUAGAGUUACAUAUAGAGCUUUUAGACAAUUUUGUAUUUCUCAUCUCACAUAGUAGGCAAACCUGCAAUAACUAUUUAAAAAAUAAACAAGAAAGGCAGUAUGGAUUUGUUAUGUCAACUGAAAGUUGUCAGUGCAAAUACCUUCAAGUUCUAUUUUUGCAUACAGUUUUUGCAUAUAAUUUCCAAAGAAUUGGAAAGCUUAUGCAGUUUUAUUUUUGGUCUUGCUAACACAGGGAUGAUAUCAGCUGCCAAACAGAAUGGAAUGACUCCAUAAGAAAAAAAAAAAAGUUCAUGACUGUGGAAUUACCUGUGCUUUCUUGUCAGCAGCCUAAUUUCAAGGCUAAAGCUCUCCAGGAGUCUCUAACUUCAAAAAAUAUGUUUUAAAAGCAGAGUUCCAUGACUGUAAAUAUGCAAUUUGUAUAGUUGACUGCUGGGAUUUAAAAUUCUUGCAAGUUUUGCAUAAGGAGCUGCUCUUGCAGCAGACCCUUGUGCAUGGUGACACCCCCAUGAAAUCAGCAAGUCAAAUGGCUUUUUUAAAGGCUGAUGUGGCAUGCUGAGCUAGAAGCUCCGAAAUGAGCAGUUUGCUUCUGUGUUGGUUUUCAUCACUGGCCAUCAACAGCGAGGAGAGGAAUCUCAUCUUCUGCUGGCUGGCAAAUUUUUCAGAUGAUGCCUGAGGCACAAUUGGCUGUCACUUGCUGCUGUGCUGCUCUAUUAGCUGUGUAAUGCUUGACAACAAUAAAAACAAGGUGUCAGUUUGCUAACCAAAUAUGAAUAAAAUAGAAAUAUAGAGAAUAUCUGUAUGGCAUCAAGCUGCAAUUUUUAGUGAUUUAUCAAAUGGAGAGGCUCCACCUAUAAAUACGUAAUCAUUCUUCCUAAAUGAGGAGACAGCUUACAGUGCUGAAUACUUUAUGUAUAAAAGUAAAUCAGAAAAUGAGCAUUUGGUAACAUUAGAGAAUGAUGUUAUGCUGAACAAUAGAAAUAAAAUUUCCUUUAUGAAUUUUGAAUAUUUAUUAGCCUGGCAUAGCAGCUAGAGCAAUUUGGGAAAAAUAAAAGGUCAAGAAAACAAAACAGCAUGUGAACUGUAUUCCUCUUGAGAAUGGUAUGUCAGCAGAAUUACUAAGAUCUGGUUUAAGUUACUUAUUCUUGUAGCCAAAUUUUUUGUCAGAUAUGCUUAGAAAUUCAUAUUUAUAUGGAAUGGUUCCUGCUUUUUGAUAUAAAACAAACUUUAGUGUAAUUUUGCAGCUUUGUUCUAAGCAAUGCAAUCAAAGGCCCAAAAUUAUCAAAAUGCAAUUAUAAUUUUUUUUUAAUAAGAACUAAAAUUUGUAAGGCAAGGAGAGUAAGUCAUGAACUAAAUUGUGCCAGCACACAUUUCUCAAAGCAUAUGUUGGAGACUGUUAAAUGCAGUGUAAUAUAGGGGUGAAAAGAUGCUACAUGCUGUCUUGUUACCUUUCAAGUUUAUAUUAAUUUUUAGCACAGCAUAUUCCCCUCAAUGUUCUUUCUUCCUAUAGUCAACAUUUUUCUGGGGAAAGGAAAGGGCUUUUAAGGACUUGAAUUUCUCAAGCUGUUCCAAAGUUCAGGUUGGAAGUCCACAUUGUCCCAUUGUAGAAAUAUAUAAUUCUGUCAGGAAUGCUGUAAUUCUUGCUAACAUGAGUAUAAAUGUAGAAAACAACAUAGAGCAUAUUCAUGCAUACAUACAGGAACAAAUGGGUGCCUUGCUUUUCAUUACUCUUUCUUGCCUGGCUAAUCUUCAUUUUUUAAACAAAGCUACAUCCAGGUACUGCAGUUGUAAUUUUUCAUUAUGGAACAUUAGCAUUUAGUCUUGAUGAAACAGGGUUUUCUUGAUUACAUUUGACAUACAAUAAACUACUUCAGCAGAUUGGGAUUUGGCGGAGAAUCACCUCCCAUGGAUUAUGUUUUUGACAAAUGUGUCCCUGCCGAGUGUUUCUUGGGGAUGUGGAAGGUCUCCAGUACUUGGGAAAGGUAAUAAUUCCAGUUUUAUUGUACAGUGACUUUAUGUCAUCUUGUACGAUGAAAAAGAAAUGACAAAUACAGAGGUCUUUGGCAGAAGGUGGUACAGGGUAUAAAAUCAUGGAUUUUUAUUAAGUUGAUUAAUACUCCAUUUAAAAUAUAGAAUAUGCUUUAGUUAGUAAAUGUUUAAAUAAUAUACCGAAACAGACAGAAGAUGCUGUUGAAAGAAGUCCUCCAAACUGGUGUGCUGGCAAAGGCAAAAUACUAGUGAGCUGUAGAAGAUUAAACCAUCUUGCAAUGCUUUAGUGAUUUUCUCCAGCUUUAUGCCAUAGGAACCCCAUCUCUCCUUUGGAAAGAAAACCUGAAAGCUCUAUUUCCUAAACUGCCUGCACUACAACAGUAUAUUCAAAGGAAUUUCAUAUGCUUCUUGUGUCUGAUAAAUAGAAUUUGCAUAUUGUACUUAAGUUGUAAUCCAGUUGUUGUUGACAUUUGUUUAAUUAUUAUUAUUUUAGGGGGGAAAAUAAGCUAUACUGUAGCAUUUCAAUUGUGUAUUUAAUAUUACUAUUAGAAAUUGCUAGACCAUUGGAAGACAGCAAUGACUGUAUUGACAUUGAUUAGCAUGAUGUGGAAAAUCUCUCAGCUGUUGGUUUUUGCAGUGUGAUAUAAAAAGCAAAAAUGAACCGCUGUGCAGUUUGGCUUAUGUUUGCUUUAAAGUGUGUAAAGUUUUAGUUAUUUUGCAAAACUGUACUGUAUUUGGGGGUAUACAGUUAUGAAGGUAUUUGUUUUUCAAAAGACAGAUGAACUUACUCUUGGAUCAUAUGAUGUAUCAUCUUAAUUUGGCUUUUGUUAUGCAGAAAGUUAACACCAGCUAUUAAAAUAUAUUUUAGUAGAAA